GGAUGUUGGACCGGAGGAGCGGAGGAGUUUUUGGAGCUGCUCCGCCGCACCACACUUCCGUAUUGUCUGUCACCGUAAAGCAGGAAGCACUGUAGUAAUGUGUAGGAGUUAAUGUGUCCUGCUGCUGUUUACCUACAGGUGAAGACAGACAGGAGAAGCUACAUGGAGGCUAACUAACCCAGGACCAACCGGUGCUCAGCAUACAGAGGAACUACUGCGGUACAUUAGCACCAGGAUGCCAGCUGGAGUGUGUGGCUGCUGUGGCCCGCUGAGGCCGAGGUACAAACGCCUGGUGGACAACAUCUUCCCCGAGGACCCCAAAGAUGGCCUCAGUAAAUCUGACAUGGAGAAGCUCACCUUCUACGCCGUGUCGGCUCCAGAGAAGCUGGACAGGAUCGGAGCAUACCUGGCCGAGAGGCUGAGCAGGGACGUGGUGCGCCACCGCUACGGGAAUGUGGUGAUUGCCAUGGAGGCUCUGGACCAGCUGCUGAUGGCCUGCCACUCCCAGAGCAUCAAACCCUUCGUGGAGAGUUUCCUGCACAUGGUGGCCAAGCUGCUGGAGUCCAGAGAGCCAGACCUGCAGGUUCUGGGGACCAACUCGUUUGUAAAGUUUGCCAACAUUGAGGAGGACACGCCGUCUUACCACCGCCGAUACGACUUCUUUGUGUCCCAGUUCAGCGCCAUGUGCCACUCCACUCAUGAAGAGCCCGAGACCAGAACCAGGAUCCGUGUGGCAGGGAUUAAAGGCCUGCAGGGUGUGGUGAGGAAGACCGUGAACGAUGAGCUGCAGGCCAUCAUCUGGGAGCCGCAGCACAUGGACAAACUGAUCCCGUCCAUGCUGUUCAACAUGCAGGACAGCGAGGACCUGGACAGGGCGGGGCACCCCGGCACGCCUUCAGGGGUGGGUCAGGAUGGCGAGGAAAACCCGGCGGCGCUGGCUGAGAGCUGCUUCAGGGAGCUGCUGGGCAGAGCGGCCUACGGCAACAUGAACAAUGCUGUCCGACCCGUGCUGGUUCACCUGGACAACCACCACCUGUGGGACCCCAACGAGUUCGCUGUUUCCUGCUUCAGGAUCAUCAUGUACUCCAUCCAGGCUCAGCACUCGCACCAUGUCAUCCAGCAGGUUCUGAAUCACCUGGAUACCCACAACAAGAACACGCCGCGGGUCAGAGCCGGCAUCGUGCAGGUGCUGCUGGAGACGGUGGCCAUCGCCGCCAAAGGCUCAGUGGGUCCCACUGUGCUCGAGGUGUUCAACACUCUGCUCAAACACCUGAGGAUGAGCGUGGACUUUGAGCUGGGCGAGAGCUCGAGGAGGAACUCCAGCACCAGCGUGUCGUCCGGCCGCGGCAAAGAGAGCGAGGAGAGGAUCGUCCAGAACGCCAUCAUCCAAACCAUCGGCUUCUUUGGUGGAAACCUUCCAGACUACCAGCGAGCUGAAGUCAUGAUGUUCAUCAUGGGCAAAGUGCCAGUUUAUGGGACCCCCUGCCACACCUUGGACACCGUCAAGAUCGGGCAUCAGGGCACCAAGAGGAUCCAGACCAUGCUGCUCAGCUCUCUCAUCAUGGUAACUUCUGGCUUUAAGUCCAAGUCCAUGGCAGCUGCAUUACCUCCUCCCUUCCUGGACCCGCUUUUCUCCAUCUCCCUGAUGGAGGACAGCGAGCUGAGGCAGCUGGUGCUGGAGAUCCUGCACAACAUCAUCGACCGCCACGACAACCGGGCCAAGCUGCGCGGCAUCAGAAUCAUUCCUAAUGUUGCAGCAUUGAAGAUUAAAAGAGAGAAGAUUUCCAAACAAGAUGUUGCAUUCAUGAAAAAGCACGGCCAGCAGCUCUACCGUCACAUCUAUCUGGGCUGUAAAGAAGAGGACAAUGUUCAUAAAAACUUUGAGCUGCUCUUCACCACGCUGGCCGUCCUGACCAUCGAGCUGGCCAAUGAGGAAGUGGUCAUUGAUCUCAUUCGCCUCUCCAUCGCUCUGCAGGACAUGGCUCUAGCUAACGAGGAGAACAUGCCGAUGUUUAUUCGCUGUGGCAUCAUGGCAUUGGUGGCAGCAUACCUCAACUUCCUCAGCCAGAUGAUUGCCAACCCUCCAUUCUGUCAGCACGUCAGCAAGGUCAUUGAGCUGAGGAACAUGGACGCUCCGUAUCUCCUCCCUGAACACAUUUUCAGAGACAAGUGUCCAUUCCCUGAAUCUCUGGACAAGGAGGACAGACUGCUGUACUUCCAGACGGCUGACAUGGCCGAGUGCCUGGCAGGACCGGGAUACAACGCAGAGAGACUCUCCAUUCCUUACGUCCCCCAGGUCACAGAUGAAGACCGUCUGACCAGGAGGAAGAGCUUUGUGGACACCAUCUCCCUGCAGGUGGACAUCAUCAACAGCCUUCCAGACAAGUCGCAGCUAGCGGAGGAGAUCACAUUUGAAACCCUGAAGAAGGCCAUCGACACCACGGGUCUGGAGGAGCAGGAGAGGGAGAAGAGGCGUCAGGUGAUGGAGAAGUUCCAGAAAGGUCCGUUUGAGGAGAUCGCUGCACACUGCGAGUCCAAGGCGAACAUGUUGCACGACCGGCUGGCACAAAUCUUUGAACUAACAAUCAGGCCUCCACCCAGCCCGUCUGGAGUGGUCUCCAUCUCAUCAGGACACACUCAGCACCAGUCGGUCCCCGUCUACGAGAUGAAGUUUCCAGACCUGUGUGUCUACUGAUCACACACACACACACACACACACACACACACACACAGCUUAAAAUGCUUAUAAAGAAGUACACAAUCACAAUCCAGUUUCUUCUCUUUGAACCAGAACAAAAUGCAGCCAAGACUUGUAUAAUCUCACUCUUCUGUCUCCAGAUCUGAACCUAAACAAGCUUCUAACUGAAGUGAAAACUGUUCUUCUGAAUCAUUAUUAUAAAAACACCUUUUUCUGCUCUUUUUUUAAAAAAACCUUUGAAUUCUUAGUGAAGCUCCAGACAGAUAUGUGUUAUCUCUGAUCUGCUGCACUUUGUUUUCUAAACUAAACAUAUGAGUCACCGAGAACAAAAAGAAAAGAAUAGCUUCCACUCUGAGAUUUCCCUGUACAGACUCUGACGUUGCUUCCCAGCAUGCCUCUGAUCAACUCUGGUCUAGCCAAAGCUUCACACCUUGUACAUAUGCUACUCUGUAGUCUGAGAUUAGAACAGCUAAAAACCAGAGUCAGGAUUAAAACUUGAGUCUGGCUUUAGCCGUGAUGCAGCUUCUGCCUCUUAACGAGUGUCUGUUCUCAUGUGGGUCAGUAGACGUCUGUGCAGUUACACAUCGGUAGAAACGUUAAAUAGCUUAGCUGCCGGCUAGGAAAACUGAAAUAACUUCACUGGUUGUAGAUUGCAGAUUAGUUUUAGGCUCAGGCUUUACUGCUCAGUCUUUAUUUUUCAAGAUAAAUAAACAUCAGAACAUCAUGUGAGGAAAAGAAGUGAAAGGAAUAUUUACCUGGUUGAGAACUGCUUUGGUAGAUUUGAAAGACUUCAUGGUUGGUUUGAAAAGAGUUUUUUAAAAUGUCAAAUAUUCAGACUGAGAAGUUGGAAAGCUGCAGAGGAUUUUUGAAGACGUCGGUCAUCAUCGCUGCCUAAUCAGCUGUUUGGAAAAUGGUUCAACUUUAGUUUAAAUUUGAUUGUGAACUUAUUACAGGAGGUACAAAGACUUUUUUUCCCCAGUAAGUUCAACACUUUCCAUGUCUCGCUCUUGAACCUGAUAUCAUCUCAGUUCGUCUCAGUUUAAAGUGCAGGAUCACAAACAUCUAUUUUUAGAGCCUGGAGAGGAUCAUUUUUAAGUUUAAAUUCAGCACCUGAUUAUCAGCCGCUAUUGUGCUAAGGUUUGUUGGAAUGAAACUUUUUGAAUCAGAUAGAAUGUGACAGAUUUUUUACUUUGUUUGAGCCAACACGUCGUUAAAAAACAGAGUGAGCACAAAACUUAAAUUGCAAUACACUGAAACUUCUGUUCUCCUGCACUGAGGGACAGUCGUUUUUUAUUGGGAAUAAUUGAAUGCAUUUAUUACAUUUAUAUAUCUGGAAUUGUUCUGUACCUGUAGUUUGUCGCAACACGUUACAGCAGGUAUUAACACUUUGCUCCAGUGUUGCUAUCUUUAGUUAUUCGUUAGGUGGCAAGAAGGAAGAUAUUGUAGCUUGAUAUUCAGAUUAAAUUGUGUGUUCAUGUUGCAGAUUUCUUGUUGGGAAAAGUGUAUCUGUCUGUAAGUUUAGCCUACAUGCAGGAUUUGCAGUUGCAAAGAAUGAAAUAUACGAAUUUCAGAGUUCUUAUUGCUGUAAGUCGACUCCCAAAAACCUCAGUCUAUCUCACACGUGUUGCCAUUUUCUGUCGCUGUUGUUCAUGAUUUUUGUUAAGCAGCUUGUGAUCUACGUAGAAAGAUGAAGUCGUCAUACUUUACCGUGCAAACACAGCUCUGAUUGGCUCAUUAUGUCUACAAAUAGCAGAAAUAACAAAUUUGUUAGCGAGGGAUGAUUCAGUCCUCUUCUGCCCUAGUGGAGGCACUUAAAAUCACCCAAGUGUGUGAACAAUGCUGUUUGUGCAGCGGCUGCUUUUUGCUGUAUACACCAAGGUUAUUAUAGUUCACGAAAACUAACGACAUAACGAAAAGUAGAAUUGAAGACAUUUUUAUUAAUUGAAAUAAAAAUACCAAUAACUAACUGAAACUGUAUCUUCUGGUUGCAAAACUAACUAAAAUUAUAGUGAAAAUGUCCUUAGUUUUCGUCUUUGUCAAUUUUGUUCAUACAAACCUUUUUAAACUAAAACUAAGCAUUUUCCAAAAAAUAAAAACAAAUUAAAAUUAGCAAACUCACUCUAAAAACGAAUUAAAACUAACUGAAUCGAAUCGAACUGAAAAAAAAUCACAACGAAAUUAAAACUAAAACUAAUGAAAAAUCCAAAGCUAUUAUAACCUUGGUGUACACAUCGUUAAAAUCAAGUAUUUCUCAGUUUAAACGUGCAUGUCAUGCUGUCUGGCUGCAGAAUUCUGCCAGCAGUACCAAGGUUAAAGACACAAACUCUCUCUUUCUGUGGGAUUAUAUUUCAUGCUUUAGGCUCUGUUGCGUCUGCAGUUGGACCUGCAGCUUUGAACUCCUCACAGCUUUGUUGGCAGCUUCUUAAAAACCAAAACAUCUUUCGCUGCCAAAGACAGAAGUCACUUCCCUGCUGUUCUGUGAAUUCACAGUGUCUAU